AUGGCUUCCAGCACUGGUCGUCCCAAGAGCUGUAUCAAGAACCCCAGCUCCAGGUCUGGCUGCGGCCCGGCUGAGGGUGGCCGCCGUUCUGGGGGCUUCCUGGUUCAAAGCAACCAGCCAUCCGGCAGCCGGUCCGGUGCCUGCCCUAUCGGGAGCUGCCCGCCUAACCGCGUUCAACCCAGGCCAAAUGGCCCGAGCCCAGGCAGUGCCCGGUCUUUCCCCGUAGCCAGCGGCCGUCCGGCUAUCCCGGGGCCCAGGAGCCGGGACCUCCCAGCCCACGCCGGGCCAGGCGGCUGGGUGGGCGAAGGCGUCCUCCCUGGCGGCGAGAAGGAGACCAUGCAGUUCCUGAACGACCGUCUGGCCAACUACCUGGACCAAGUGCGCCAGCUGGAGCGUGCGAACGCUGAGCUGGAGGCCAAGGUCAGCCAGUGGGGUGCAUGCCAAAUUCCCACCAUGUGCUCCAACUACCAGUCCUACUUCCGGACCAUCGAGGAGCUGCAGCAGAAGAUCCUGUGCUCCAAGGCAGAGAACGCACGCCUGGCCACGGACGUGGACAAUGCCAAGCUGGCGGCAGAUGACUUCCGGAACAAGUACGAGACGGAGCUGUCACUCCGCCAGCCUCUGGAGGCGGACAUCGGGGGUCUGCGCCGCAUCCUGGAUGAGCUGACGCUGGCCACGUGUGACCUGGAGGCCCAGGUGGAGUCUCUGAAGGAGGAGCUGCUCUGUUUCAAGAAGGGCCAUGAACAGGAACUUUACAGCCUACAGUGCCAGAUGGGAGACAAGCUCCAAGUUGAGCUGGACACCACCCCGCCCGUGGAUCUAAACCGGGUGCUGGGGGAGAUGCGCUGUCAGUAUGAAGCCAUGGUGGAGUCCAACCGCAACGAUGUGGAGCAGUGGUUCACGGCCCAGUCGGAGGGGCUGAGCAUGCAGGUGAUGUCCUGCUCGGAGGAGCUGCAGUGCUGCCAGUCGGAGAUCCUGGAGCUGAGACGCACGGUUAACGCGCUGGAGAUUGAGCUGCAGGCACAGCAAAAGAUGAGAGACUGCCUGGACAACACGCUGGCGGAGACAGACACCCGCUACAGCACGGAGCUGGGCCAGAUGCAAUUCCUGAUCAGCAAAACGGAAGACCAGCUGGCUGAGAUCCGUGCAGACCUGGAGAGGCAGAACCAGGAGUACCAGGUGCUGCUGGAUGUCAAGGCCCGACUGGAGGGUGAGAUUGCCACCUACCGCAACCUGCUGGAGAGCGAGGACUGCAAACUUCCCAGCCAUCCCUGUGCAACCAGCUCUUCUGGCCCUCCCAGUGGCACAGCACCCCCCUGCCCACCGCGGGCUCCGGGACCGCCCUCAACUCCCCGCCCAUCGGGCACACCCCGCAAUGGUCACCGUCCAGGGGCCCAGUGCAGUGGCCGGUCCUACUCCUCCGGGCGUUUCUGAAGCUCCUGCCAGGCCAGGCGAGGAUCACAGUUGGGAUGGGGAAGACCCAUGUGCCCUGUGAAUGU